AUGUUUCUCGCAAUGCACACGAAAUACUGUUGCGCCAGACCGCCUUCCCAACUAGGCGUGGCAAGUAAUCGGCAAAAUCCCAGACUCCAACUAAACCGUGCAUCACGUCACAACCGCAACGACGAGCGAACCACGACAAAAGACGACUGCGCGCGAACAUUCCCCGUCCCCUCUCCGCCCAUUCAUCGAGGAAAAAAAAACGUGCACAUCCACCACGAUCCCCCGCCUCCCUUCCGACGGGUCGAUUCCCCAACACCACCACACAGCGCGACCAUGCCGAGCCCGAGGAACUGGGGUCUCUGGACCAAGGUCAUUGUAGCGGGCAUCGGCGUGAGCGUCGGCGGUCCGGCGCUGACGUACUGGGUCGUGCCGACCGAGGAGGAGCUGCGCGCGCGGUACAACCCGGACCUGCUGCGCAAGAGCAUCGAGGGGCGCGCGGAGCGCGAGGCCGAGUUCAACGACUUUGUCACGAGGCUCAAGGCGUAUUCCAAGUCGGACAAGCCAAUCUGGACCGUGAUCAAGGAGGAGGAGGAGAGGCAGAAGAGACGAGAGGCUACGUCGACGAAAGAGUUGGCGAGAGAGGCGGAGGCGAGGAGGGAGGCGAUGCGCAAGGAGGUUGGGCUGGAUGUACUUUUUCUUCUUCAGGCCGAGGAGUCGUCGAGCACGGAAGAGGGACCGCUGCAAGUCACUUAUAGCAGCAACGGGACUACACAUUUUGAGAUGAUUGCUGACAACUAUGCUUUACUUGUUUAUACAUUGACAAUGAUAUCAGAUCCAACUCAAAUUGGUAUCAAGAAAUGGCAAACGCUUAUGUAA